AUGUAUGUACAGUCAAAACCCGAGUAAAAUAAAAUAGUUUAUGGAAUGCAAAUGCGUACAUAAAAUGUACUUAAUACACCUAAUAUUCGAUUAAUUUCAUUCGGCAGCUAAAGAAUAAUAACUUUGUUUGCAGCAAAUGUGGUAAUAACUCAGUACUGCCUUGAUCCCUUAGAACCCGAAAAUGUCCGAUUCCGAGGUAGAAAACUCUGAGAGUGUCGGUGUUUCAAGACCAACAUUGGCACAAGUGCGAGCAGUAGUGGAAUUUAUGCAGAAACAUCCAGAUUUAGCUCAUAAAAAAUUAAGAGUGGGAAUGGGACGUGGUAAAUUUAAGAAAAUCUGGAUGGAGCUCGCAAAAACUGCCAAUUCUGUUGGUGGAGCAGUCAAAUCAAGCCAAGGAUGGAUUAAAUAUUGGGCAGACAAAAGAAGAAGUGUGAUGAUAAAAAAAAGACAAAUCGAAGAAGGUAAACUAAGAGGACGCAUUACAAUAAUGGAACAAAAAAUAUUAGACUUGUGUAACGAAAAGUCAUUAUCACCAAAAAAGAGAGGUAAAGUGAAAGAAGAGCCCUGCAAUGGAGGCGAUGGAGAUUCCUUGGAUGGUUUUUUGUCGAAAGAUGAGGAAUACGGUGAUAUAGAACACAAACAUUCUGUUACAGAAAACGAUGAGAGACAUUUGAAUAUAAUUGAUAAAUUGGUAGAAGUUAUGAACCAGCAGGCAGCAGCAAUGAACCAGUUGGCGCACACAUCCCUGUGUAAUUCUAAAGCGCUUGAACGAGUCGCUGAGGCUUCCCACAUUCAACAGGCAUUGGCUGUGGACAGAUUAGCGAAUACAUUUGAAACGAUCAGUGCGUCCGUGCAAGAUGUUAGGAACGCGGUCAUCGGAAUAGACUACACGGUCAAGAGAUGUUACCCCGUUAUGACCUCGCAGCGAACAAACGCAAAUAUUAUAUUCGGUUGAGAUUCGAUAUGCAAGAGACAAUUAGCAUCAUACUGCGAACAAGAUACCACUCGCUGAAAUGUCAAUGCGUGUAAUUCGAGUUUCAUCAGUGCUGUCGGAUAUUUUGAAGUCUGAUGAAAAGUUUGUGAAUGUUACGAAUUGCUUAAAUUACCGAUUAUUAUAUGAAUUGUUAUAUGAAUUAACGUCCGUCUGGUGUAGUGGUAAGUGACAUGGUCACUACACCACCCCUAGG